CGAAGGGGCCAUCUCAGUCUCAAGGUUAGGGGUAGGAGAGGCAGGCGGGUGGGUGCUGGCCGGGGAAGGUGGAGGCUGUAUAAAGGAAGGUGCGGGGUGGAGGGACCUCUCAGUUCGUUCUCCCAAGCGCUCGCUACUAAUCCGCGGUGCUAGCAAGUUCGUCUCAAGACCCAGAAUGAAGAGCACGCUGGUGGUGAUAGUGGUGGCCGCCCUUGUGGCUGUAGGGGACGCAGCCAUCAGGAACCGCAGGCAGGCCAGUGGUUGCUUCUGGUGGGCGGGGGAGUGCAAGGAGGAGAACAAAGACGGGCAGGAACCUCAAGCAGGCGGAAACGCUGACAAGAAGAUCGAAGAGGAGCCCACAGUUCGUCAGCACCACCAGCACCAGGAGUACCAAGAAUAUGCCAGCUGUGACAAAUACCGCGGCGUGUGCGUGCCCUACUACCUGUGCCGCGACAACAACAUCGUGACGGACGGCGCGGGCAUCAUCGACAUUAGGAUCGGAGGGCAGAAGGACAACGUGACGCGGUCCACCUCCGAGUGUCCUAGCUUCCUGGAUGUGUGCUGCACCAGCCCCCUGCCGUCUACCACCACGCCUCCGCCUGCGCCCUACCGCUCAGACUGCGGCAAAAGGAACUACCAGGGGAUUGACGUCAGGAUCCAAGGCUUUCAGGACAACCAGGCUCAGUUCGCGGAGUUCCCCUGGAUGACAGCCAUACUGAGGAAGGAAUUGGUUGACGGCACCCAAAAGAACUUCUACGUGUGCGGCGGCUCCCUCAUCCAUCCGUCCAUCAUCCUCACCGUUGCCCACUGCGUCGCCAAGCUCGAGGCCGGCCAGCUCACGGUGCGCCUCGGGGAGUGGGACACGCAGAGGCAGUACGAGCCACACCCAUACCAGGACAGGGACGUGAAUGCGAUCGUCAUCCACCCUCAGUACAAUCGUGGGGGGGCUCUAUACAACGACUUCGCCCUUCUGUACCUGAACUCCCCCGCUGAGCUCUCCUACAAUGUGGACACCGUCUGCCUGGGCAUCCCCUUCGAUUAUAACCAAUGCCUGGUCACGGGCUGGGGCAAGGACAAAUUCGGGAGGGAUGGCGUGUACCAAAACGUUCUCAAGAAGGUAGAUCUGCCAUUGUGGGAGCACGAGAGGUGCCAGAAUGCCCUUCGCACCACUAGGCUGGGCCAGUAUUUCAACCUGCACCAGUCCUUCACGUGUGCCGGAGGGGAGGCAGGCAAGGACUCCUGCAGCGGCGACGGAGGCUCCCCCCUCGUGUGUCAGAACCUGAAGACCGGGAAGUAUGUGCAGGCGGGUAUGGUGGCGUGGGGCAUCGGUUGCGGCACGGCUGGCGUUCCGGGAGUGUACGCCGAUGUGCCCUACGCUAACGAAUGGAUUGUCCAGGAGGCAGACAACCUGCUGAGGAACACGCCUGGGUACACCCGGUCCUACUGGCAGGUGGAGCAGUGAGGCGCCACCACUAGUGCUUCCUGCUGCCGAUGAUGAUGCACUGACGCUUUUAUCCAAGUUAGAUCAGUCUCAAAGCACAAUCCAUGUUUAUUUAUGUACACAUUUCUCAAUGAUCUUCAUUUUUUCAAGUACUCGUCGAAGUCAAGGUAAAUUAGACUUUGGAUCUGAUGGAGACGUGGUUCCCAGAGACUUUCAUCAUGAAGGGACGGGAAACGCAACUCGCUGGUUCAUUUCGGCUAGCCUGGACUGCCUCAGAGGUGUUUGUCUUGGUAGGAGCAGCACUUCAGCAAUACAAGCCAUGGAUAUGCAUUUUAGUCUACCUCCUUUUAUUUUAACAAAUGUACUAUAAAUUUUUCAUGUUCUGUA